UUUACACGUUGAUACACCUAUUAACUGUGCUUAAUGGUUAUGUUUUAAUCGUCAUCACUUCGACAACAUGUUGUUCAAGAAAGCCUUAAAGGCUUCGAUUGUCCGGUUUUGCUACCUGGCCCACGGUACGAUAGGGGUGUUUAUGACGGUGUAUCUUACUGGUAAUAACUACUUUUGGUUCGUCUCGGUGACUGUGUUAGUCUACAUGAUGGAGAUGAUACUCACGUUUGGAUAUAACGAAGAUGGGGAGUGGAGAUGGUUCUUCCCCUUGGUGUUGAUCUACCUUUGCAACAUACUACCAGUGGUCUGGGUCCUAGAAGUCUCCCUACUGGAAUCCCGUAUUGACUUUCAGAAGAGACUGAACUAUCCUGGUUGCAUAGUGCGACUCGGAGAUUGCGAACGAAAUCACACUGUUAUAUUCUCACAGCUUGAUAAUGAUAAUUACGAACUUAAGCUGAGCGUAUCUGCCGUCUACCAGCAAACUUUGAUGUUGGUUUUGAUCGUGGGUAGAUGGGUCCUCCCUAAAGGAGCUAUAACCAGGAACGAACUGUCUCAACUCUUGCUUGUCUACAUCGGCAUGGCAGCCGACAUGUUGGAAUUCUCUUCGGAGACCCUCAAACUCCAGAAGAUAGCUUGUAAUAAGACUAUCUAUCUAGCCAUCUUGAUUGUGUGGAGCUGGUCUCUACUGCAGUUUACUCUGGGCCUGACUUCAACGAAGAAACGGAGGCGUGCUAUUGAUACGACGGUAGAUGAAGAAACCGGCCGCUGGGCCAAAUCAGUGCACCAGUUGUAUGGGGUGUUUUGUGGCACGGCUCUGUGGGCGCUCAUGACCGAUGUGAUACUACAAGACGGUCCAUACCUUAUUAUGCGGAUAUAUCUCAUCUUUGGUUUGGAUGUAUACGACCAAUCUCUAAUCUUCUUUACGUGUAAGAAUGCUCUUUUACUUGUGCUGCAGUUGUAUAGACUCAAUGUUGUGUUAACUGAGAAUAACAAUCACAGUGCUCGAGGGUCUACGCUGGAGCUAAGGGAGACGUCUCGACACAGGGGCGCAAAUGGGAACAUGAGGGACAUUGCAAGGUCCAAUGGUACAAGGAGAAAUGGGGUCAUAGCAUCUAUCAGCCAAGGGCAAGAGAUCACUGUCGUGUAAAUAAAAGUAAUAUUACAGAAAUCAAAGUUAAAAUAUUAUCUACUAUGGUCUACAGCUUUUUGUUCGGGGAGCCAACCAAAUAACUGGAUACUUUUGGAUGUUCCCCAAAAGCUUUCGUAUUUUAAUGAUAACAAUCUAUUUGCCAUGAAUGAAUAUUUAUUUAUGACGUCACUUUUGGAACUCCCAAAGUAUUGCGUAUUGGGCAUGUCUCCACGGGAUAGUUGCUAAGGAUGCUUAACUUGAUCGUUCUGUACCGUUAAUACUGACUUACAGGGUCACUAUAAAAUGCAAGAUGGCCGCUUUUCCCUGCCCUGUGAAUACAUUUUAACAUUGGUAAUAUUGAUAUUCACAGGUUUGCAGAUGGUAUAAUGGGCAUCGUGUACAACUGUCUGCGCCUAAAAUAACGUUUUGAGAUUUUAGUAAAACCCGGUGUUACAAAACAGUGAUAAUAUUAAGAAGGGUUUAGUUCACGUUUUUCUUGUGAGUCCGAUAACAGCAUUGGGCUCAACAUUUCACAGCGGUUCUUUAUUUUCAUGUAUAUAAUAUGCUUUUACCCUUACGAUGUGUAUAUAAAGCACUGUAUAAUUAUCUCAUUACUUUUCUGGGUUAUCAUUAUUGUGUGUUGGCUCACAUAAGUGCGAAUAGCCCUACUGGUCUUUCACAAGGCUGGUUGAGUGCCUUAACUGAACAAAGCACACUUGCAAAAUAACGUGACCAUUAAUUUGAUUAGUUUUAUUCAGUCAAAGAUUAUGAAUAAGAAGGGUCAUUGUAGGUAUUGGUCACCGGGCUAGAGUUAAAACACACAAAUUGCCAGGGAAUCUCGUUUGAAAAUAUACAACAAAAAAUUGAUGUUUACCAUUCAUAUUGUUUUGUUACAUAUCAUGGUGCUUGUGACUGGUUGACAUUGAUUUUUACUUUGUGGUUUUUGCUUUAAAACAAAUUAAAAUCGAUUGCCAUAAUAGGGUUUAUAGGCCUAUUAUUAAUAUUUGUAUGGAAUCAAUGACAAAAUCAUUUUAUAUAAAACGUUCUUAUGGACAGUUGAGCUAAUUAGGAUACAAUUAUGGCAUUUCAAAAAUAGAACACAAUUAACAGUAUUAACGUAUAGGCUGCAAUCUGUACCACCAACCUUCAAGGAUGAAAAUAAAAAAUGGUUACAAAAACUUACCAAGCAUGCAGUUUUGGUUUGAGCUUAUAAUUGCUAUCUUGAGCUAAGUUUUAUGGACCUGUGUUUCAGCUGGAAAUGAUAAUGCUUAAGACGGUGCAAUUGAGAAGAAGUCUGGACACAUAUGAAAUUGGGUAGGGCUGGUGUCCGAAAUUUCUGGUAAUCAAAAUGUUUGAUUAUGUUUUGAGUAAGCAAAUUAAUGUAGUUGCGCUUGAGUAGGGGUUGGGUCCUAGAUUGAUCACUGUUCACUUCAAGGGCCCUGUCACAGGAGACAAGCAACUUGGUAGCACAAUUUUAAUGAGUAAUUCUUCGAAAAAAUUUCUUCUGGAGAUUUCCUGGAACUAGUUGUCUAAAAUGUGACGUGUGUGACAUGGCCCUUAUGUCAAAGAACAUGUUUCAUUGAAAGAACAUUGCCAGUGCAAGCUGUGCCUCGUGAACACAGUUAAAAUAUAAUAAUAUGAACUAAAUGCUGGGUUCAAGUAUAGUAUCUUAUGAUACAUCCGGGAACAUGUUUAUAAUUUAUUGUUCAUUUUAAAUCGUAAAAGGGUUUUUACUUCAUACACAAGGAGAUUUUUUCUUUUCUCAAUGUGUGCUUAUUGGUUUAAUUGAAUUAUAAACAAAUAUUAUUAAAAAAUC